AUGGCGGGCGCUCCCGCGCGGAACACGGGCUCUCUGACUAAACAAGCUGAGGCAACUGUUGCUACAGACUGGAAAAAAAAAUUAACUCCAGAGCAAUUCUAUGUUACAAGAGGAAAAGGAACUGAACCGCCAUUUAGUGGGCUCUAUCUGAAUAACACAGAAUCAGGAAUAUACUACUGCGUGUGCUGCAACGCCCCACUGUUCAGCUCAGAAAAGAAGUACAAUUCUGGGACUGGAUGGCCGUCAUUUUCUGAGGCUUAUGGUACUUGUGGCAGAGAUGAAAGUAAUACCAAUAUCAUGAGACGACCAGAUAACUCAUUGGGAUCAACUAGAACUGAAGUCGUCUGCAAACAGUGUGACGCCCAUCUAGGCCAUGUGUUUGAUGAUGGUCCCACACCUUCUGGGCAGAGGUUCUGUAUCAACAGUGUUUCAUUAAAGUUCAAACCAGGCUCUGGCCAGUGA